AUGAACACCAGUCAAAAUGAGAAGCCCACACUUCAGAGCAGACACUCCUUAGACGGCUCCCGACUGGCUGAGAAGGGGGACACGUCGCAGCCGCUGUGGAUAACGCUGGCCCUGCAGAAGCAGAAGGGCUUUCGGGAGCAACAGGCCACACGGGACGAGAGGAAGCAAGCCAGGGAGGCCAAGCAGGCGGGAAGGCUCCCCAGAGAGAAUGUCAGCGGCAGCCCGCCGCCCGGAAGCAGCAGUGUCAGUAGAAUGGGUUCCCAGCACAAGGCCGCUGCCCAGCCGGAAGAGAAGAAGCCCGAGACUGCCGUGUCCAGGCUGGAGCGCAGAGAGCAGCUGAAAAAGGCCAACACCCUUCCCACGUCUGUGACAGUGGAGAUCUCCGAUGCGGCCCCCACGGCACCGCUGGUGAAGGAAGUCACCAAGAGAUUCUCCACCCCAGAUGCGGCCCCGGUGUCCACGGAGCCAGCCUGGCUGGCUCUGGCCAAAAGGAAAGCAAAGGCUUGGAGCGACUGUCCGCAGAUCAUUAAGUAAAGAGUGACCGUGAACGGUUCCUGUGGCCAGCUCUUGGCUGCUCUCUUGCCAUUUUGAUUUAUUUAUUUUUUAUGUGGGGUCAAGAAAUCAAGCUAGGGAACGGCAGCACGUUUUGAAGGCUCUGAGAUCACGUCCGGGAACCGGGCUGGUGGUGGCUCGUUGUAAAUGGUGUAUUUGCACAACCCUUGGUCCUGGUGACUUGAGCUAUUCCUAGUUCUCAAGAGGAAAUUCCGUCCAAGGGACCACGUUAGCAAACAUCUCUCAGCUAAGAACUCUCCCUGUCGUGCCCAGCCCCUGGCCCUUCCCCACGUAUAAACCCACGCACCAUGCAGAACACUUACUUUUGCCAAUCUCCAUCGCGGAUGUUUGAUUCUCUUCAUUUUUGUCCAAAGCAUUUCCCCUACCUUAUGUUUGGGGAGCCUUUCCACAGUCACGGCGAAAGGAUUUUCUAGAGAUAGAAACAAGGAUGUUCAUUCUUCUCGACGCAGUGAGUCACUGGGAAUCACAAGGAACCGUCUGGCUCCCAACUCUGAGCCCACGCCUGGUUUUCACGAACUUUCCCCACUCCAAAACUGUAACAGGGAGGGCAGAUCCACUCACGUUCCUGCCACACCAUGGGUCCACAGUGUGAAGCCCCGUUAGACCGACACCCUCCUUAAGGACACACGACACGUGUGGUCCGGUUGGCUUCCAGAGAGCAUGUUUAUUUACUAUGGCAAAGGAAGGAAAUUCUGUAUCAAGUUUCAAGUUUGCCUUCUGUCUCUGAGGAUCCCCAUCGAGUACAGUGGUCCUGGGCCAACUAAGUCAGAGCCUUUGAGGACGAGGCCGGGAGUGUAUAUUUCUGGCAAAGACUCUUCAGAUGAAUUCUCAUGUAUCCCUGAAUUAAGAACUUUGGGAUACACCGAUUGUAGUGGAACCCUACUUCAGACUCUGAAGGGGAGGCUCAUUCACCCAAAAAAGCAAAGGGAGACAGGAAAGAGUAAUAAAACCACCCCCCAAACCAGCCAUUUAUUACAAGAAAUGACAGGCUAUUGACGUUACGUGUCUCUGACGUCUUUGGUCUUUAGAGAAAAUUAACAGGAAGCCAAGAUUUGGAAUCUUUGUACUAAGGGCUUCCAACAAAGUGUUUUCUUUACUAUCAUUGAGUAAUUCAGAUGUAGAGUCAAAUAUUCAGUAGCAUUUCUAAUUUAGCGCAUUCACCUUGCUACCUUUAAAAAACAUCUGAUUUUGAAGUGGCCUUGUUAUCCUCAUACACAUGUGCAUACGAAGAAGGCAGUUUAAAAGCCACAUAUGUUCACUUCUGUUUCCCUAAAUUUGCUUUCCACAAAACACAGAUACACCAGCCGAGCCACGUUGCUGUUACCAACUUCAUAUUCCAUAGUGCUGGCAUAUUCCCGUUCUUAGCUUCUUACUCCAAAAUACAGGUACAGAUCCUUUGCCCAGCGCAGAGGGAAUUCCACCCUUUCCUCUCCUUUUUAUUCUACAAAAACACGUUUUUUUAGUAUCCGCCAUGAUUUUCCUUUAUGCUCACUCGAUAUGUAAUGUGCUGUUAUUCUAUGACGUAUCUUAAAGAAAGGAUGGCAGCCAAGUAUAUACCACGCAGAAACCAUGUUCUUUCUAGAAACCACAGCUCAGCCUCACUGUAGCAGCUGGCAUGUGUGGUCAAGUGGGUAGUUGUAUUCUUGCAAGUUGGAUUUCCUAUUAUAUAUACUGGACCUCCAGACCGUUAAGGAUUGAUGUAACUUUUCUUUUACUGCCGUGGCAAGCAAUUAGUACUCCAUUGCACGUCUUCCACACUGAUGUUCAUUUCUAGAUCUUCUAUGUAGGCAUUUGUUAGUUCCAACGAUUUCCUCGCUCAUAUAACACUUUUGAAUGGGAAUCUUGCCACCCAGAGCCCUGGAAUUAUAGUGCUACCAUCAUUCUUCCGAAUUCUUUUUCUUUCCUCCUGUCGGCUUUGGACAGUAUCACAGUAAUGGCAGGAAACUGGCGAAGAUCAGCCACAAAGAAUGGUGGGUGAGUCAACUUUGUCCUGGCUGACACCACUGAACCCAUACAAACUAGAGAAAAGACCUCAGUGGAAAACUUUCCAUCAAAGUCUUUAAAAGAAGAGUGUGGCAGAAGAAAGGGCAGUCAUAGUACUUCUAACAACUUCUGAAGGGUACAUGUUCAGCAUUUCAUUUAAAAAUCACCCCAAAUUUGCACUAAAUACCAAUGAAGUGUUAUUUUGCUUUAGUUGUGUUGCAGUCUCUUCUGAGCAACAAACUAUGGGGAAAUUCUGUAAAAACAUAUAAAAAGUUCAAGACGACUUUUUUUGAUGAUUGCUAUGUUAAAUACACAAGCUUUUUUUUUUAUUUAAACACACAUACACAUACAAGGUGAUAGGUUAUAGAUGAUUAACCUCUGUUCAUAGACAUAUAUAUAAAACUAGAGUUUUUUGUUUACUUUUUUAAUUUUUCAAGUGCAAUUGUUUCUUACAUAAACCUUAAUUACUAUUAAAUUAUCAUUUUAGCCAGUCAUCUGCAAAUGUAUAAUAUGUAUUCAUCGUCUCUUCUUGUGACGUUUAGUUUAAUUGCUUAUUUUAAAGCAGAAACGUUAGUUACACGCGUCUUGCAAUAUUUUUACCAACAAUAAAAAUGAAGUAGACUUAAUGAAAAUACCUUAGUGUGAUUUUUAAUAUUAUUUUGAGAUUUUGGUUGUAUAAAGUUUUAAUGUAAAAUGUCCAUUAUUGAAGGGAAAAGUUCUUUCAAUAAAAAAUACACACAAGA